AUGAAGUUCACCUCCACCUUUGCGCUUUUGGGCAUGCUCCAAGCUGUCCUCGCCCAGAGCCUGGCUCCCUCCCCCACCGAGUCUAUCGGCUGCGAGCCCCACGGUGAUCACUGGUACGCACUGCGAGGCCGCCCGCCCUACCGAAGCCGGCGAGCCCUCUACCCAGCCCCCGCUCCCACCGUCAGCACCCCCGUUGAGGAGGACCAUGACCACGAGGACGAGGAGGACCACGACCACGAAGGCGGAGAGUCUGCCAGCCUCUCCCCUUCUCCCACCGAGUCCAUCGGCUGCGAGCCCCACGGCGACCACUGGCACUGCGAGGGCCCCCGCGUCACCGACGGCGCCGAGCAACCCACCUCUACCGAUGACGAUGCUGCGUCCGAGACUACCCCCAUCGUGCAGGUCCCCACCGGUGCCGCUGCGGGUCUCCAGAUCGGCAGCUUCGUGCCUGUCGUCGCCGUCGCCAUCUUUGCCCAGGCCGCUUUUUAA